UAUGUCGGAACAAACAACACAACCGACAACAGAAGACCAACAGUCGGCAGAAAUAGCAGUAAAAGAAGAGGAAAUUGCAGUGAAAACUCAAUCCGCACCUGCAGAUGCUCCAGACAUUCAUCAAUCGACAAUUAAGGAAGCAGACGAAUCAAUGCCAACAAAAAUUUCUUCUGGAGAACCACCAAGAAGCCAAUAUAUAAGAUUGCGUGGGCUUCCAUUCAAUGCUACCGAGAAAGAUAUUCACGAAUUUUUCGCUGGGCUCACGAUUGAACGAGUCAAAUUCGUAUGCACAACUGGACGCCCGAAUGGUGAAGCAUACGUGGAGUUCAAGAAUACCGAAGAAGCUGGUAAAGCUAUGGAAAACGAUAGAAAAGAAAUAAGUAACCGAUAUAUUGAAGUUUUUACCGUCGAAGCGGACGAAGCUGAGUUCGAAUUUCGUCCAGAUCCAGAUUCCAAUGGAGAAGUUAAUCACGUUAUUCGAUUGCGUGGUGUUCCAUGGUCUUGCAAAGAAGAUGAUGUUCGUAAAUUUUUCGAAGGGCUAGAACCACCACCGGCGGAAAUUGUAAUCGGCGGGACGGGUGGGCCGAGAUCGAGACCAUCCGGGGAGGCGUUCGUUCGAUUUACGACGCAAGACGCGGCCGAGAAGGCGAUGGAUUACAAUAACAGGCACAUGGGAUCGAGAUACGUUGAAGUAUUCAUGUCAAGUAUGGUCGAAUUUAAUCGAGCAAAAGGUGGAGGAUCGGGAGAAUACUCGGCAUCUUACGAAAGAACUGGAAUUCGCCCACUGAUGUCCGUGGAUUCAGGAUAUGACCACGGAAGACGAGGUGGUGGUGGAAGAUACGGCGACAGCAGCUAUGAUCGUGGUUAUGAUGACUACAAUCGUGGAAGUUAUGGCGGACGUCGGGAUUAUGGAUACAAUGGUGGACACGAUCAAGGAGGUCGCAGUGAUUAUGGAAGAGGAGGCGAUGAUCCGCUGAGGGUGUAUAUGCGUGGUCUUCCUUAUGAUGCUGAUGAUCAUGCUAUCGCUGCUUUUUUUUCUCCACUUCGAUGCCAUUCAGUCAAAAUAGGAAUCAACGAAACUGGUCGUCCAUCUGGAGAUGCUAUUGCGGAAUUUGACAAUUACAACGAUCUUCAAGUCGCUCUCUCGCGUAACAAUCAAAGAAUGGGAAGACGAUAUGUCGAACUGUUUGAUAAUCGUGGAGCGCCUGGUCCAAUGCGUCGUCUUCUUUGGAAAGAAACAAGUGGCACGAAUGCAUCAGCUGCUCCAGCGCCUGAUCCGAUUCUUAACGGAGGAAGACGUGGCGGAGGGCCACCACAACGAGACUCUGGCUACAGGGCAGGUCCUCAAGCUAUGCCACCAUCAUACAGAGAAUCAAGGGAUCCAUAUGGCCCACGGGAACCACGAGGAUACGAUAUAGAACCCAAAUAUGAACCACGAGGCAUCCCACCACGCAGUGCUCCAAUUCGUGCACCACCAGCUGCGCAUGGCCGGGCUCCUGAUACGUGGGGAAGUUAUGGAGCAGCAUCUACUGGUCCGAGUUAUGAUCAGAGCAGUGCUGCCGGAGGUUAUGCUGCAAGCUGGGAUGCUUAUUAUGCUUCACAAGCACAGUCUGCGUAUUCUGCAGAACCUGCAUCCACAUAUCCCACAGCUGCUCAUUCUGCAUAUGGAUCAGGCGAAUCAUAUUCGUAUGGAGCAUCUGCUGGAGGAGCUUACGAUCGUCAAAGAGAACCUAGAGACUCACAGCCAACAUGGGCUCAGCAACAACAACCGUCUCAUCACAGUGCUUAUGGAGGAUGGGGAGCUGGAGCUGGAGAUCAUCGAAGUGGAUAUUAAUUAUCUUCUUUUUUUUCUUUUCACUUCUGACUUCCUUUUUUCUGUUCCUGCCAAAAUCCCAGUUCUUUCGAUUUUCCAGACAAAUGAGCAUUGUUCCUUAUAAUCUAGUGUAUCACUUUACUUUUUUCUCUGUUCUCCGAGGUCUCGGUUAUUUAUUAUCUUGUUCUCAUGAUUUUCCAACGCGAACGUCUUAUUUUACCUCUGUUCUGUUCAACUAUCAAAAUAUCAUGCUUUGAUCUUCCUACACAAUUUUUAUUAAUUAAUAGAUUUCUGAAUUUGAGACUUUCAUUGUUUUUUUUUUCUGUAUCCUUUUUGAUAUUUAAUGGCUGUUCGCCCCGCGUUUUAAUAUGUUACAAUUUGGAAAUUCUUAUUUCUUUUUAAUUAGGAAAUGAGACAUGGAUAAUUAUUUCACUUCUUGGUUGUUUCAUAGAAUGUUGGAAUGUUCAAUUAUAUACUUGAGUGU